AUGGAGACUUGCAGUAUAUACAAUGUCCCGGAGCUUGACGGAGGCACUCAUCAUGUGAUCGGUCCGUUGCUCAUCUGCAACGGGCUGUGCACCUUGAAGAUAGUAUUGGAGUAUCUACCUAAUAUACGGCGCAGGACUGAGGUGGCAGCCCAUCUGGAUCUGAGUCUGGCAUUAAACCAGAUUCGGUAUAAUACUGAUCAGGGUGACCCACAAUGGCCAUUCUACGAGUACCUCUUUGGAUAUGAGGUAGACGCGUUCUUUUGUUGUCUUCAUCAAUAUACAGCUCGAUGGUUCUUCUGCAGUAAUUGACUCGAAUUUUAGGCGCGUGAGGUAUUCGUAAUAUACCGGAAGUGACGGUGGAUCAAUAUGCAGUCACCUCAGGGAUGUCCUUUCUUCAGUUUAUCAUGUGUUGCAUACUUUCCACAGCUUAAGAUCAUGUGUUGUACCGUCGAGCUUAGCGUGCGUUGCCUAUUAUUUGGAAAAGUUCAUGCGCGUCUUCCUUGUAAUGAAUACCACUGAUUUUCAUUUUUCAGUGAUAUAGGAAAGUCAAAACGUUUAUCAGUGUUUCCUUAUCGUAAUCGCACCGGGUUAAGAUCCCGUGGUGGUCGAUCUGUAGCUUACAAAUGGUCUUAGAUUCUUCUUUACUUCUCUCGUCCCGGCCCAGCUGCAGCACUAAUGUGAGGUUUAUUGUCCUCAGCCGUCUGCAUUUGUUUGCGGACAAAUACAUAGGAAUUAAGUAGAUGGAACACGAAAGCUGCUAGUACUUUCUUCGCAGUGGUAUGUCUCGUGUGGACAGUUUUCUCCUCUGUCUUCUACUCGUUGAGUCUGCGCGCCGUUCCGUUCUACUGCAUUGUUGUUUUUUUUUUCCGUAGAGCUUUCUAACAUAUACAAAAAAGAUAUCUAUGAUGUAUAGAAUUUCCCAAUGGCCGGAAUGCCAGAAAUCGCUACUGCGUCUACACACUAUCAGGGUCGCGUUGGGAAAAGCAGAAUCUUUACCCUUAGUGCUGCCGUUUGUCUCUAGUAGGGUACACGUAAGUAAUUAUAUGUUGGAAUUAUAACUUCGCCAGAGACAUGAUCCAAGGAGAGUAUAUUAGAGAGUCAGAGUUGAUACCUAGAUCAGAGAAACUGAAUAAGCAGUAUAAUGAACAUGAUAGUGAUAGAAGAGCCUGAUUAUGUUGUCCUAAGGCAGAUUGCCGAAUAGAUUCGCACCAUCCGAAGAGCCUGAUUAUUUUACUAGGCCUAUCUUCAAUUCAGUGGCCAUUGUGUCAAAGGUGCUGACGCAAGGAUACCAAUUUGCGAUAUUGGAAAAACAGCAAGCGCACGCCGCUACGACAUGAAUUCGAGCCUUCGGCUGUAGCUCCAUGAGUGCGCUUACUUUCUAAUACGUAGGUACUUAAGAGCUCUAGUUGCUUUAUCAAAGUCGUACCUCGUCUAAUUCUAAACUACUUUCAAAUUCAAUUGUUUGGAUAUGUCAUCCACUGUGCGGUUUCGGUCUUACUAAUCCUCAUAAAAAGUAACUCUUUAAGGGUGGGAGGAUGGAUCAGCACGUUGCACACCGCGCGGGCGUCAACGAAGGAGUUAAUGAUAAGUAGCAUACUCCUAGAGUGAAAGCGAUGACUACGCGUGUGUGCGUGCGCGCCCCACCCACCACCUUCCCAUCGCUACACAGUUGCGUUUUAUAAUUACGUAGUACUUUUUCCCAGAAAGCACUGAUUUCUGCAUUUGUGCGCGAUAGAAUCCUCACAAAAAAGCCUACAAGAACAUCGAUGCGCUGAAAAUAACAACGCGAUUGGGUGCUGUGGUCUUCACACCUAGUUUUAU